AUGGGCAGUGCACAAGCGGAUGUCGAACUCCGUGACUUUGGAAACAUCUUCAGCUUGGAGGGAAAGGUCGCCGUUGUGACUGGUGGAAGUCGAGGGCUAGGUCUUCAUGUGGCAUCAGGGUUUCUCCAAGCAGGAGCGAGCAAGGUCUACAUCACUUCUCGAAAGGCCAAAGCGUGUGACGAGGCCGUCGCAGCACUAAACGCCCUCCCAAACAAACGCCCUGGCGCUGUCGCAAUCUCUGUCCCUGCCGAUUCCUCCAAGGUGUCUGAGAUCGAGCGCCUGGUUGCCGAGGUCUCAAAGACUACUGAUCACGUCGAUAUCCUCUUUGCGAACGCUGGAGCCACCUGGGGUGCCCCCUUCGACACACACCCUGACAAUGCUUUUAGCAAAGUCAUGGACCUGAAUGUCAAGAGCGUCUUUUAUUCUGCACAAAAGUUUGCCCCUCUAUUACAGAAGCGAGCCAGCAUUCAAGAUCCAAGCCGAAUCAUUGUAACCGCGAGCGUCGCUGGCUUGGGUGUGGGGACACUUGGUGAGAACGCCACUUUCGCAUACUCGGCAUCAAAGGCUGCCGUUAUUCAUUUGGCAAAGAACCUCGCCGUCGAAUUGGGCCCAAGAGGCAUCCUCACCAAUGCCGUGGCCCCGGGAUUCUAUCCAACGAAGAUGGCAUCAGGAUUAAUGGAACUUCAAGGGGGCACAGAGGCCCUUGCAGCUGAAGUUCCGAACAAACGACUUGGCCAGCCGGAGGAUAUCGCUGGGUUGGUUGUGUUCUUAGCCAGCAGGGCUUCUAGUCAUAUUAAUGGAGCCGUCAUCACGACCGAUGGCGGAUCCUUGCUUUCGCGAGGAAGGUUGUAA